AUGGAACAGCCGACCUCUCCAGGUCAGAGGAAAAAGAGGCAAACCAGGGUAACGUUCACACCGUUCCAGGUGCAGGAGCUGGAGAAAGUCUUCCAGCUGAGUCACUACCCAGACGUCAACAGCAGAGACCAGCUCGCCUCCCGCCUGCACCUGACUGAAGGCCGAAUACAGAUCUGGUUUCAGAACCGCAGAGCCAAAUGGAGGAAGGCUGAAACACUGAAGGAUAUAGAACUGAUGGCAAACCAGCACAUACAGCCAGCCAAUCAUCAGCUGCUUUACUAUGAGCUCUUACCGAAGCCCCAGCUCCAGGCAGUGUGCUGGCUGCCAUGCUGCGUCCCUAAACCUCUUCAACCUAAGCUGUUCCUCAGAGCCACAUCAACACCAGCAGUGCUGACCAACACACAUUCCCAAGAUCACAGGACUCUGUAUUUUGACCCACUGGGAGCAGACAGAUAGCACAGUCUGUCCUCUCACAAAUGAUGAAACUACUGUGUUUUUUAAAUGACAUGUGGUACAAAGAUCAUGAUUCAGUUCUGGUAAUAUGACUGUAAUCUAUAAACUCUAAUAACUGUUUAACCCUUUGAUGCACAACAUAUUGACCCCCCUUCUAAUGCAUUAAUAUCUCAUGUUAUUUAAUGCUGCUGUGUGUUUCUGUGCUCUUGUGAUCUUUUGAUAUCAACUUAUUUUAUGAUUGAAUCAUUAUUAUUAUUAUUAUUAUUAUUAUUAUCAUUAUUUCCAUUUUGCUUCUCAUACUUUAUGAAGAAAAACUUUUUGUAUUAUUACA